AUGCGGAUUAUCAUUCUUCAAAUAAAUUUAUUGGCAAGUCUUUGGAAUUCAGUAAGUAAUUAUUCUCAGCCGAUUGGUUAAUUAUUAAUAUCUUUUCUAAGCCACAUUCACGAAAAUAAUGAUCUGCUGCAUUUGCUGAAAAUAAUUUAAGAUGCUAAAUGUUAAUGUCAAUAUUUAGAGUUUUAUUUCCUUAUUUUUCUUUACUAUAAGCCAAAAGAAAUUGAAUUUGGAGAUAAGGUAAUCCUUAAAUCCAUAGAGAAAAGAUAUUCAAUUUAAAUUUCAUGGAAUGUGGCUUUGCUGGAAUUAUAUCUCCAACAUUCUAAUCAUUUCUUAUAAGUAUCUAACAAAUCAUAACUAUUUAGUGGCUUAGCCUAAGUCUUUUUAGUUCAUCAUCUAAUUUGGAGUGACUUGACUUGUAUUAAUAAAGGAAUUAACAUCUUUAUAAGAUACACUAUAUGUUAAGAGGAUAACUAUAUCAAUAUAUAAAAUUGUGAGUUAAAUUAUGAAGAAGAAUAGAGGAUUAGAGAAAAUAAAACAUAAUUCAAAUUUGGGAAGGCUAAAGACGAGUAUUUUCCAUCAAAAACAGAAUAAGAUAUUAUGCGCUGGUUAAUUUAUUUAGAGUAACUUUUCUUAAAAUAAUUGUGUAUAAUAGCAGUUUUGUUUACUGGAAUCAUUUUUGGUUAGAGUGUUUCCAUUUUAUUGGCAAUUAAUUUAUUAAUCAAUUCAAUUAUAAUAUUCUAAUCAAUACUUCCUGGAACAGUUGUAAAACCUCGUUUAAAUAUAAUUCUUGGAUUUUUAUGA